AUGGAAUACUUGCCAGAUGAACUUGCGCUCCAUAUCAUCUCAUACCUCGAACCCUCUGAACUCGCCAACCUCCAGCACGUGUCCCGCCGUUUCCUCAGCAUCUGCCGCGAUAACAAUCUAUGGAGGUCCCUGUGUUUCGCGCAUUCUGCUGCUGAGCGCCGCCGUCGCCGUCUCGAGUUGUCGACGGACAUUGACCCGCGACUUGCUGAGCUGAUCCGCGCUGCCGACACGCUCUCGACUACGUUUGACACGUCCGGUCACAACGCCGAUGCUCCCAGCGCUGAGAUACAGCAGGAGAGGGACAGAGAGAAGAGACGACAGGCCUUGAUCACCAACUGGGAUCCAAGCUAUCCCGAGGAGAAAGUCAAUUGGUACCAGGACUUUAUACAAAGGCAUGCCGAACAGCAAAUCGGUUGGUUCCAAGAUGCAGGGAGUGAGAGUAAGGAUGAUGGAGAGAUCAGGAGAGAUGCUACGGGUGCAGGCAUUUUGUUCGACCAUGAUGGGCUGGCGGAACACCUCAUUGCACCCCUCGACGACGGCAGUAUAAGCAUCUGGGAUGCUUCGGCAAGUAGCGAACGCUUCGGCAAGGUCGUUGCGAAGAGUGAUAUCGGUUUGCUACCCGACAAGAGCUCCGACUUGGACUAUGAUACGAGGGUUACACAAAGUCAAGCCAUCAUGACGGAAACAGGCGCUGUCGAGUGUGUGAGCAUCGAUAGCAAGCUGCACAAGGGCUUCUUCGCUGUCCAGAACAUGUUGAACGAGGUUGACCUCAAUGUUCUCAAGAUAGUGUCGAGGACCCCGUAUCCGUUUCCUAUAACAGCUCUGUCCGAAUCUCAUCACCAGACACCGCUGACGGUUGGAACAAAUUGGACGCUGCAUCUUCAUGACACUCGAAAGCCUCCCCAGGCCGCAUCUUCGGUACGAUGUGAGCUUAUCGGCGGCGCGACCGAUAUCUCUUUUUCCCGCCUUGAAACGGGGGACUUUGGCGGUCAUGUCUCACUCUCACAACCAGGCGCGCUUUCCAUUCUGCACCUACCUACAGCGCGCGAGUGGGACGGCAAUGGAGAUAUCUGGGUCGGCGGCCGAUUUACGAGCAUGCUCAACUUUGACCGCAGGUACUUCCCCCGGCUUCGCGGUACCGUGCACUCUGGCGCCCGACUUUCAUGCAUAACAGCUAUACCAUAUCCUUUUGUACCGCAAGACCUCCGACUUGGCCGACCGCACCCAUCGCCCGCGUUGCUGCGCGAAGUCAAGGCUAUCUCUGGCCACACUUUGAUUGCAGCAGGGGAGUAUAAAGGCAAAGGCUCACUUGAGCUGUACGGCCUGUCAAAUGAGCCAUCAUUAUCCAUUAACUCAAGCGAUAGCCGCACAACAAGUAACAGGAAUGCGUACUAUCAGAACAGGCAGACGGCCAGUAGCUCGAAGCUGCUUUCUGCUGCACCACAUGGUACCCGACUUGUCUUUUCAGAUGGCGACGGCAACAUGAAGUGGGUCGAGCGUGACGGCUCAACACCCGUCCGCCAAUUCAACAUUAACGACUUUCAACGCUCAUCCUCCGAGCCUGCACCACAAUCUCAACUUGUCAGUGCACAGCCAGAUACACAAGCCGGCUGGGGCGAUAUCGUGCAAAAGAUUCUGCCCACUGUGAAUCCAUCUUUGCUUUGCCCCCACUCUUCCUCAUCAACCGAAGCACUUGGUCUCGACAACUUGAUAUUGUGGACUGGGGACGGUAAGCUAGGCAUGGUGGGCUUUGGGCGUGACCCACCAUUUGAAAGGGAUGUGUUUGAAGACGCGCUUGAGCAGCAGGGUAAUGAUGCAGGGGAAAAGGUAAGAGAGAGGGAGUACAGUGCUGAGAUGAGGAGAGCGCUAGAGCAUCAAGCGAGAGAGUUGAGGUGGUUGAGAGGAUAUGGGCUGUAG